AUGGCGCAUAGUGGUGGUGUGUUGAGUUCGGAUAUAUCUCGAAGGAACCCUCAAGAUGAAUAUGAACUCGUGCAAAGGAUCGGUUCGGGCACUUACGGAGAUGUGUACAAGGCAAAACGUCUCAACGGUAAUGGUGAACUUGCUGCCAUCAAGGUGAUCAAGCUGGAGCCGGGUGAUGACUUUGCGAUCAUACAACAGGAGAUACUGAUGAUGAAAGAUUGUCGACACCCAAACAUCGUAGCGUAUUAUGGCUCGUAUCUCAGAAGGGACAAAUUGUGGAUAUCCAUGGAGUACUGUGGUGGUGGAAGUUUGCAGGACAUUUAUCACGUAACGGGGCCGUUGACGGAGGUGCAAAUAGCUUACAUGUGUCGGGAAACUUUAAUGGGUCUGUCGUACUUACACAGUAUGGGUAAGAUGCAUAGAGAUAUAAAGGGUGCAAAUAUCCUGCUAACGGAAUGUGGCGAUGUGAAAUUGGCUGAUUUUGGUGUGUCAGCGCAAAUAACAGCUACUAUUAAUAAGAGGAAAAGUUUUAUUGGGACUCCUUAUUGGAUGGCGCCGGAGGUAGCUGCAGUUGAAAGGAAGGGCGGUUACAACCAAUUAUGUGAUAUAUGGGCUUGUGGGAUUACGGCUAUCGAAUUGGCUGAAUUACAACCGCCAAUGUUCGAGCUCCAUCCGAUGAGAGUGUUAUUUCUAAUGUCCAAGUCCGGAUUCAAACCCCCUCAACUGAAGGAGAGGGAACGCUGGUCGCAACUUUUCCAUGCAUUUCUAAAAUUAGCUCUAACUAAAAACCCUAAGAAAAGACCUACCGCUGAGAAAUUGUUACAACAUGCAUUCUUCCAACAAGACAUGAGUAAACGGCUCGCGAUAGAGCUCUUACAGAAGUAUUCGAACCCGCCCAGCCACUGUAACAGCCAGGAGUUGGAUGAUGAUGGCGCGCUAUCGAACGUGCCGCAGCGCAUCGCGUCGCGUCAGACGCGCGGGCGCCGGGACGCGCGCCCGCGCUCGCUGCUGGGACCGCACACGCGUCUGGAACAUUCUCUAAGAUUAACACCAGACGAGCAGAGAGAGGCAAAUCGACGUUCAGGAGUGUAUGAUGACUCACCUAUCAUAGAUUUGGAUGCUGAGGAUGACCUUGGCUUGUCUAUGCCCAAAGUGAUUAACUUCAGUGCUGAAGUCAAUAGAUGUGAUGGUGACACAGUUAAGAGGAAUGCAUACCACAGACAAUCAAGCGAAGAUUGGAGCGUAGCAUCACUAAUGACUUGUCCGAAACACAAUCCUUUAACUCAAGAACUAUCUACAGACAGUAUGCCCACUAGUGAAAACAAGUGGUGUCGGGUCGUCACUGGUGACGAUAUAUUAAGAAUGAGUUUGAGGAGCCUCUUGCAAUAUAUUGACGAAGAAUUAAUGCUAAGGGCAACACUACCUCUAACGGCUGAAACGGCGAAUAUGUCCCAAGGAACCAACUCUGGUCUAUCGAUCCACGAUCAACAUCUGUCACAAUGUAUACAAUUAAAGCAGAACUUCUUAAAUAAUUCAACAACAAACGUCUAUCAGAGCUUAGCCUCUAACUUCCAAUCGCCUGUAGGGGCAUCGUCCAUUUCCAUAGACAAUCCGUUGUCCAGAAAAGAGGAUAUGUUAUACGCGGACCAACAGGAAACGGAAGUGACAGAUUCACAAUUGAGAAAUUCAAAUUGCGAAUGUGGUUUAUGUCCGAAACCAGAGACAAAAGAGAACAACACACUAAGUGAUCUACAAAGAUCAGUAGCAAAGUGCUCCUGCGGCGCGUGCAAUUCCAAUGGCGAUAUACUAAGCUAUUACAGGCACUGUUCGAACCAGAAUUCCGAUUCGGGCAUAGUUUAUUGCGAUACGUGUAAAAAACAAAAGAUAUCUCUAUCGAAUUUCCGAGCAUUACAAAUUGCGAACAGAUUGAGGAUAUCCGAUUCAGACAAAAUUGAAAAUGGUGGUGUAUCAGAUGACGAUUUGUGUAGGAGAAUAGAUAUGAGCUUAAAUAUGGAUGAAAAGAGCUACGAACAUAGAAAAAGGCAUAAUAGACAUAAUUCUGAUUCAGUUACGGCGGGUAUCGAUUUGAGUCAGUUUUGUCAGUGUGAGUUAGAGAGUACUAGUAAGAGAAAAACGUCGUCGGUGGACGAAAUUUUCAAAAUGGUGGACGAAAAUGGACGAGAUGGUCAAAAGGAGUUGGUGGAUGAGGAAUUGAAAACGAGUCAAAGACAACGAAGUUUGUCGGACAGUCAGCGGGAUAAGGCCAAGGUUGAGACUGAUGUGGCAAGCACCCCUCCAGUACCCCCAAGAAGGGCGCGCGCGCGGCGCACGCGCACGCCCCCGCGCCCUGCGCCCAACGGCUUGCCGCCCACACCUAAAGUACACAUGGGAGCUUGCUUUUCUAAGGUAUUCAACGGUUGUCCGCUAAGGAUAAACUGUACUGCGUCCUGGAUCCACCCGGAUACCCGCGAUCAGCAUAUCCUUAUAGGCGCAGAAGAAGGUAUUUACACAUUAAACUUGAACGAGUUACACGAAACAGCCAUGGACCAACUUUGUCCGCGGCGGACGAUAUGGAUGCACGUCAUCAAAGAUGUUCUAAUGUCGUUAUCUGGUAAAACUCCCUCUCUAUACCGCCAUGAGCUAUUGGCAUUAUCUGGGUCCGGGCGCGGCGGGCGCGGCGGUGCGCGCUCGCUGCGAGUGCUCCCGCCGCGCCUACUGCCACGCCGGUUUGCACCCACCACGCGCGUGCCCGAUACUAGAGGAUGCAUGCGCUGCGCCGUGGCCCGUAACCCGUACAAUGGGUACAAGUAUUUGUGUGGCGCGACGCCCGCCGGCCUCUUCCUCAUGCAGUGGUACGACCCGCUCAGGAAGUUCAUGCUGUUGAAGAACAUAGAGUGCGUGCUGCCGUCACCACUGCUGGCUUUCGAGCUUAUCAUCACGCCGGAGCUGGAGUACCCGCUGCUGUGCGUGGGCGUCACGCGGAAACCGUUGCGGUUAAACCUCAUCAAUAUUAAUUCAGGUGCCACUUGGUUCCACUCUGACGAGCUGGACCUAUGCCCGGGCGGUUCCAACACUGUGAUCCCGCGCGCUGAGCGCCUGCACACGCUGCGGGCGGUGCACCAGCUAGAUAAGGACUCGGUGUUGGUGUGUCACGAGAAUGUAGUGGACAUAAUCUCAGUGCUACCGUUCGAGCGGCGUCGGACCAAACUGCCCUCGCGGAUACAGUUCGACUUCCAUAUUGAUAGCAUAUUGUGCCUGGCGGACUCAGUGCUGGCGUUCCACCGUCACGGCGUGCAGGGCCGCUCGCUGCGCUCCGCCGCCGUCACGCAGGAGAUCGCGGACACCUCGCGCGCCUACCGCCUGCUGGGGCACGACAAAGUGGUCGUGCUUGAGUCGCAUUUACUACAAAACAACACGCUCUCGGGCGAGGACGGUAACGACCUGUACAUACUGGCGGGCCACGAGGCUUCCUAC